AUGCGGGCCAGUGAACUGGACCCUGAAGGAUGCCAUGUGGGGUUGGCUGUAAUCUGGCUGUUGGUUGGUGCUACGUGUAGUCUGAGAUAUGGAAUUAGUCGGGUCAGGUCUCUGGCAUGCAUUUGUCUCAGGGUCUGGAACAUGUAUAUGAGGCAUCCAGACAGGAAGCCUGGAAGAGAGAUGCAUUCCUUGGCAUUGGGGACCCUGCCAGGAUAUCCAGUAGAUUGGACCCCUUCAGGAGUGUUUCCUGCGCAGAGGACUCCAGGCACUUACUGGCAGUGCGGCUCCCCCUGUUUCCUUUACUCCGGGGGUUUCACUGGAGCAGAAAGUUUGUUUUUAAUAUCCCAGUUCUUAUCUUGUAGCAGCAGCCUGUCCCCUCCCCUUAGGCAGACAGACAAAGGCAGAGAGAGCUCUCCUGUACCAGCCACAACGCACGCGGACACCAUGGGGAACUGCAUCAUCGCUGUGUCCAGCCGCCUGGAACUGAACACAAGCGAUUACAGCUUUGAGAACAUGAUGGCGAAUUACUCCUACGACUAUGACAUUAAUGACAUCUUGGCCGCUGCACCCUGCCAGAGUGGCUACUGUUCAUUCUUUCACAGUCAUGCCUUCAACUUCCUGGCUGUAGUCUGUGCCCUGGGCCUGUUGAGUAACCUGGCCCUGGUGGUGGCCUUGGCCAACUGCUGGGGUCUUUGGGGCUGGCCCCUUGGCAGAGCCUUCCUGUUCCAGCUGACGCUUGGCACCACCAUCUUCACAGCCAUGCUGCCAUUUUUUGCUGCAGGCAUCAGCCAAGGUUGGGUCAUUGGUGACGGGCUCUGCAAGGUGGCGUACAUGCUGUGGUACGGGAGCCUCUUUGCUGAAGGGCUCCUGGUAGCUGCCGGUGCAUGCAGUGCCAUGUGGGACAAAUGGGUUCCCAGCCGGCACCGCUGGUGCGUGGCUGUGGCUCUCUGGGUGGCAGCUAUCCUCCUGGCAGUGCCAGCUGCCUUGCUGAGUGGGACAGAGGGGCACCCGCAGGAGCUGUGUAUGAUGAGGGACAAACACUGGUGGCACCUGGCCCACGUCACAUCCUGCCUGGCUGUUUUCAUUCUGCUCCCUGUCGCACUGGGCGUGGCCAAGGCAAUGCUGACAUGGCGCAAGAGUGACUGUCAGCUGCGGGUCGGGGUGACGUGUCUGUUCUUCCUUCUCUGGGUGCUGUACGGGACAGCUCUGCUCCUGGACUCACUGGUGCGGAGGCAGCUGCUCGACGCCAGCUGCCAUUUCUAUGAGUUUCUUGACUUCUUCCUGGGGCUGUCAGAGGGCCUCGGCGUGCUGCACUGCUGCCUGGGGCCCCUGCUGCUUCUCGGGGCAGGGCUGUAUCACCGAAGGACCCAUGCUGACCCAGGCCCCCUCCGAGUGCCAGCACAGCAUGUGCCAGGGCUAGAAUUGCCAACCCCAAAUGUUCAAAAAGCAUGAGUCAGGCUCACCAAAAAUCACGAGAUUGGCUUUAAAAUCCUGCGAGUCUGUAAAUAAUAUUGGGGUGCUUUUGAUUUGCUUUCUGCUUUUUGAACCUCUGGUGUGCAUGGGGGUCACAUUUUAACGCUUUCUCUACAGCCAUGAGGGCCAGAAACUGACUUUUUCUUUAAGAAUAAAGGCUGAAGUCAUCACAUCUCCACUUGGCUCCAGGAGCUGGGGCUUUCAGGAAAACAAUAAUUAUCAUGAGACUCAUGAAAAACUCAUGAGAGUUGGCAACACAGGGGACAGGGCUGCCUGGGAACCCUCCAGCUGGUGCUCUGCAUGUCCAUAUAGGCGCCCAUGCACAGUGGGGCUGCUCUCACGUGGGCUGGGCUGACUCGAGAGGAGUCACCGGAGCAUAGGGAGCUCGAGUUAACUGUGCCCUGAAGACAGACCCUGAAUCUCAACCUGGCCAAAACAGAACACUUAACCUGUCCCCCAAGCCCUCCCAGCACCCUGCUCUCUCGGUCCCCUGCCAUCGCCAUCACACCCGUAACCUGGGUAUUGCCUUUGACUUGUCCCUCUCUCUAGACAUCCACGCUGUGUCUGGAUCAUAUCUCUCCUUCCAGCCUGGUGUGUCUAAGACCCAGCCUGUCCUUUGGCCAUACAGCUGUGUCUCUGGCCCAGGCCCUCAUCAUCUCUCACCUUCAUGACCACAUCCUCCUCCUCCUCUCUGGUCUUGACAAACCCCAUCUUCCCCCCUUAAACCCUUUCGAAAAGCUACUGCCAGAUCAUUGCCUAGCUCAUUGGGCUCAGCGGGUCACCCCCCUGUGCCUCCCUAUGCUGGUCCCCCCUCCUCCACGGCACUGAACACAAACAACAUGUCAGCCCUUCCCAGCUAUGGCCUGCCCAACUAACUCUUCUUUUAGAUGGCACUGAGCCAUCACCAUUCCCCCUUCCCCCUAGUAAUGAUGCAGCCUUCAGCACCCAUCAGUUAGCUCAUCCCAGAAGCACCUUCUCACUCCCUCCCCCACCUGCCCUUAUGCCAUGGACAAGCAAAACCACCAUGUUCUCAGCCUUAAACCUCUCCAAGCCCCAGCUAGACCUGCUGCCUACAAAAGGCUGGACGGUGGCUGCUGGGCUGUGACUACUGCGCAGUCCCUGUUCCCUGUGCUCCCGGGUCUGUCUGUGUAACCUCUGUGACACUCUGUACCUCGGGGGAACACCCAGCACCCCCAUGUUCAUCCUUAUAAUAUGAUUGUGUGGUAUUCAAUGCAAAGUUUGUCAUGUUGGGCGUCUUCGGAAGGCUCAUGAUGUACUGAAUAAUUAAUAUUAUAGUAAUGUUAUAGGUUGUAAUUUCAUGUAUAUUGUUAUGAGGCUGAAAAUGUGUCCUCAUGGCUUAAAGAAAGCCCAGGGAAAAACUCUCUAAGAGCAGAGGGGCAGUUUACACCUCAUCAAGGCAUGUAUGGGACAAACCCAGCCCAGCCUCACAGGAAUAAAGGACGCUGACCUAGGCAGCAACAAAAGAAUCUGAUAGACUCU